AUGUCAAACUUUUUGAAUCGCAUAAAGAAUCUCAAAACUGGCGUGAACAAUGGUUUUAAUACGAAUGAAAGUGAUACUGGAUCGAUCUGUUCAUUUGAUGAAGAAGGUUUCAUCUGUCCAAUGUGUCAUCGGAAAUUUCCGGAUACAACUGGACUUGAACGUCACUUUCUUCAAGCUCAUGCUGAACCUCAACCGACCACAGCAACAGCGAAUCAUGGAGAAAGUAACGGUACAAGAAAUGAUCGAUAUGAUGAUCCUCAUCAAGAAGUCGCCAUAUGGAAACAACAGUUUUGUCAAUCAGAAGAAAGUCGAAUGCAAUUAAGCAGUGACUUGAUGCAACAACGACAACGUGUUGGUGAUCUUGAAGAAGAAAUGGAGUUACUACGAAAACAAUUACGUACUACACAAAUGAAAGUUGUUGAACAAUCACAAGAAAUUGGCAAUUUAAAAGCAACCAAAGAUGUGUAUGACGCUCAAAUAGCCAUGUUUACAGAUGAGCUUCUCAAUACACAAGGUGAAUUAAAAGAAAAACAAAAUCAAGUUGAUACUCUUUGUAAUGAUUUGAUACCAAGUUUGUAA